GCCUUUUUCUCGCAGCUCUUUUUCUGGGCCACACACUUUUCUAUCUAUCCUUCCCACGCCCCGGCGGUCAUCUGCCGUCACUCGGCCCGGCGUUUGGCAGUUUCAUCUUCUUCCCAUCAUAACUCAGAGUUCGGUCAAUUUUUCGACUUUGCCGCAUGAACUCGGAUGUCUAGUAAAAGACAAUGCCGAUGAACGCCUCACCACCGCUGGGCUACAUGCCGCUUGGCUGAUGGAUUGAUAGGAUGCAUACAUACGUAGCGCCAUAUAUCGUGUUGCAAGAUAUAACCUUUUACUCACGCAUAGAAUGAGCUUGCUUCUACUCAAAUCUACAUGCGCUACCCUCAGUUGCUCUCCUUUCCAAUUCCUCCAAGUCCCUCCUAGCAACCAUGCCAAUCUUUUAGCCUUCUUCUCUCGUCUGUCAGCCUCCGGCAGGUCAGCGUCCACAAACUAAAUAUUCACAUAUUCCUGUCAAUCGGAUUGGUGUGCAUUCACCCUUGAGUGAUCACCCACCGAGCCGGCUGGCUGAGGCGUAGGUCUCAGCUCAUCAGACAUAUCCCAUCUCACAGUUCAUCCAACCAGUUUCCUCUACCUUCCCUGGCCAAGCCGAGACUUGCUCAUGACUGACUUGUCGUACAUAGCAGUACAUACUCCUGUUGUCUGUCUCAUCUACUGCACCCUCAUUUUCUCCCAUCUCAUCAGUCCGCCCUAAUCCUUCCUGCGUGCAUCAGGAUCACACCCAGCUUACUCAUACGUAUGCCUAGAGCGCUGGUCUGACUCGAUUGCACGCACUUCCCUUGGAUGCCCUACCCAUCCGCGUGCUCACUCUACUUUUUUUAUAUAAAUAAAUCUACAUCCUUUAUCCACAUCCCCCCCCCUUCCUCUGCCCUUCCUUACCUGCUUCCCUCCCUGCAACCAUUCCCAACGCUUCACUCCUCAGUUUCACUCCCCCAUAACCCACAGCGGUUUUACUUCCUCACCCGUACAUAUUGCUAAUAUACGUAUAUAUAUAUCUUGUCGGCCGUGCCGAUUUCUUGUCCUCCAGCCAACUAAUCAGUGCGCCACUCACCCGGCCAUCUGUACCGUAUCCACCCUCUGUAGCGGUUGUCACAGUUGUUUGAACGACCUCAGCGACUUUUUCACAGCCAUCAAGCUGAGUUCGGUCCCAGGUAAUCUUUUUUCCUCCAACCAACCACCUUCAUCAACAAUCAAUAUGCCUUCGAUCUACAACUCCGCCCGCCCCUCAAACGGCACCCAGGCCAUCUCCAAGAAACGACCUUCCCCGACCUGCGACGACCGGGAUGCGCCCAUGAAAAAGAGAAGCGCCCCACUCGCACCCUCAGGAAAUUUUGUGCCGAUCAGCCCCAAGACCCGUCACCAAAUUCUCGAGAAAGAGAUGCAAACCCUCUUCGAACUGGAAUACCAGGAAGAGGUGGUCGAAUACAUGCAUGAGAUGGAUACCCAAACCAGACCAGUCGUCGAAACUAUCGACCUCCAACCUGAGCUUCAAUGGUACAUGCGGCCAUACCUCAUCGAUUUUUUGAUCGAGAUUCACCUUCAGUACCGACUCCGUCCGGAGACGCUUUACCUUGCCGUCAACGUGAUUGACCGGUAUGUCUCCAAGCGGGUGGUAUUCAAGAAGCACUACCAGCUUGUUGGAUGCGCGGCCCUCUGGAUUGCGGCCAAGUACGAAGACGCCAAGGAGCGAGUCCCUUCAGUCCAGGAACUCAGCACUAUGUGUUGCGGGGCCUACGAAGAAUCCAGCUUCCUCCAAAUGGAGGGUCAUGUGCUCAGCACCAUUGGCUGGCAACUCGGCCACCCCACAGCAGAAGCUUGGCUCAGAUUGUUCUCCAUCGGCGCUCACCGUCAACAAGCCGGUGACUUCGAGGCUGCCUCCACUGGUCACCUCGCCCGCUUCAUGAUGGAGCUCACUCUCUUUCACCGCUCAUAUGUUGGCCUCAAAUCUGCCGACAUUGCUGGAGGCGCACUGCUUCUUGCCCGUUACAUCCUCGGCAAGCCCCGCAGGGCCUCUGACGAAAGCGAAGGAGUUUUGGCCGUUGCGCGCUUGCUUGACUCCCAUCUCGGCGAACAUAUGUCUGCGAUCUCAGCUGUUGUCAUGAAGAAAUACGCCCAUGGCCACUUCUCACGUGCGUCGACGAUCGUCAAGGAAUGGUACGGUCAAGGUCACCGGUUCGGUGGCCCGGAGACAUCUGCCAGCUUGCCUGCACACAUGCACCAUGUUGCCCAACCGACCCCAGUCAGCAAGCUUUCAUCAUCCAGUUCGACCACCUCGAUCUCCUCCGCCGCCAGCUCCAGCCGUCACUCCCAACUCACACCGGGCUCGUUGUCCUCGCUGUCGCUUAACUCGAGCCCGACCAGCUCGAUCUCCUCUUACCCAUCGAUGGAGUGCCACUCCAAUGCCUCGCCCUCUAGCAACUCUGCAGAUGACGACUCUCGUGAGAGCUCUUUGAUGUGCUCGCCUCAGCUCGCUUGUCCUAAGAAGAGCGCCCGUUCAGACAUCUGGCCUACUUGUUCCUCCGACAUGAACCAAGACAACAGCGUCUCCUCGGUUCAGAUGUCGAGGAACAUGUAAGCCGCUUGACGGUCUCCCUCUUUCUUUCUCCUCAACGAUUACGGACGCCCCUACGACAAGCUCCGAACUGUACAACAUCUCUUCUCAUUCCCUUUUGCUUUCCAUUCAUCCUUCAAUAAGAACGGAAUCGCGUAUGUGAGAUAUUAAUGUUUUAUGCGACGUGCCAACCUCCUGGUAAAGAGUUCUUUACAACAUCCGAUGGAUAUUUUUUGUCACCCUUUUUUUCCAGAUCUUUGUUCCAUUUUCUUUAGUAAUUUUCAUCCUGUUUCGUCCAAGCCGUUUCUUCGUUUGGCUUUUUUUUUUUCUUCUCCUUUUUUCUUCUGUUUGUUUUGUUUUGUUUUCUUGGCACUCGACAAUCCCCCAUUUCCUAACCCAAGUCUGUUCUUGAUGAUUCCUUAACUUCCUUCCGCACUUCUUGACAGAAAAACACAAUAACAUAUUAAUUCUCACCUUCUUUUGCGUCCAGUUUGUGCCAUCCUAUUUACAUCUUUUUUUGUGAAGAUGUACAUACAGUUUCUUGUAAUUCUGAUCCUCCUGUUUCACCACUUGCCUCACAUUCAUUUGUGUGAACAAAGUCCAAUGAGACUUCGGGUUCUUUGAAGAGAUGUCAUAGCUCUCUCUAUGGCUCUUCUCUAGGUUAAACCAGCCCAGUAAGCUAUGGAGAAAUACCCUGCA